UCCCCGCUCUCGCGACAUGGCCUUCAAUUUCGGGGCACCCUCGGCCACCUCGGGCACUGCUGCAGCCCCCGCAGCCCCCGCGGGAUUUGGUGGGCUUGAGACUGCCAACUCUUCCGCCAGUGGGUUUAAUUUUGGGGGUUUCGGAUUAACUGCUAAUCCUGCAGUGAACUUUAAUAUUGGGAAUUUCGGUGUUUCCACUACCUCGGUGACUCCGUUCAAUUUUGGUAACAGUCUGGCAAGUGCAGGUGGGUUUGGAGGUUUUGGGACAACAUCUACAACUGCAGGUUCUGCAUUCAGCUUUUCUGCCCCAGCCAAUGCAGGCACUACUGGACUCUUUGGUGGCACUCAGAACAAAGGUUUUGGAUUUGGUACCGGAUUUGGCACAACAACAGGAAGUAGUACUGGUUUAGGUACUGGUUUGGGAACUGGACUGGGAUUUGGAGGAUUUAAUACACAGCAGCAACAGCAGCAAACGACAUUAGGUGGUCUCUUCAGUCAACCUGCACAAGCUCCUACCCAGUCCAACCAACUGAUAAAUACUGCAAGUGCUCUUUCUGCUCCAACACUAUUGGGAGAUGAGAGAGAUGCUAUUUUGGCAAAAUGGAAUCAACUACAGGCCUUUUGGGGCACAGGAAAAGGAUAUUUCAACAAUAACAUUCCACCAGUGGAAUUCACACAAGAAAAUCCCUUUUGCCGAUUUAAGGCAGUAGGUUAUAGUUGUAUGCCCAGUAAUAAAGAUGAAGAUGGGCUAGUGGUUUUAGUUUUCAAUAAAAAGGAGACGGAUAUUCGAAGCCAGCAACAGCAGUUGGUAGAAUCAUUGCACAAAAUUUUGGGAGGAAACCAGACCCUUACUGUAAAUGUAGAGGGUAUUAAAACAUUGCCAGAUGAUCAGACAGAAGUUGUCGUGUAUGUGGUUGAGCGCUCUCCCAAUGGCACAUCAAGAAGAGUUCCAGCCACGACACUCUGUGCCCAUUUUGAACAAGCCAAUAUAAAAACACAGUUGCAGCAAAUUGGCGUCACCCUUUCUAUGACGAGAACAGAGCUUUCUCCUGCACAGAUCAAGCAGCUCUUGCAGAACCCUCCUGCUGGUGUUGAUCCAAUUAUCUGGGAACAAGCCAAGGUGGAUAACCCUGAUUCUGAAAAGUUAAUUCCUGUACCAAUGGUGGGCUUCAAAGAACUUCUCCGAAGACUGAAAGUUCAAGAUCAGAUGACUAAGCAGCAUCAAACCAGAUUAGAUGUAAGCAUUUAG